UUCUUUGUUAUUCUUGGUCUCAUCUGUUCAUCAUUAUAAUGGAUGAGUAAUGAAUAGUUCCAACUCGUCUUGCUCAUCCCAAUAAGAUCAGCCACAUUAGCCUGAAAAGAUGAACUUGACAGACACACCCCCAUAUGUGUAGCAGUUUAACCAUAUAUCAGCAUAUAUGAAUGUUGGGCUGGUUCAGAAACACCUGGAGGGGUGCGUUAAAGCUGAGCUCUGUGAAGGUUAAACAGCGCCACUGGUCGCUUUAGGUGCAUUUAUUAUUGUUUUUGUUUUGUUUUUGGGGAGGCGAUUAUUCAGCAACGUAAUAAGAAAACACUGUAGUACAUCCAUCAUGCGUGCAGUGAUGUGCAAUUAUGUCCGCGGGAAUAAAACAGUGUUUGCUGGUUUGGUGUAACAUAUUUGUUGUUGUAAUAUCGCAACUGGAUGUGGCAAAAUCAGGAGUAACCCCAUAAGCCCCCAAAAAUUACUUGACAGACACACCCCCAUAAGUGUAGCUAAAGCAUAUUUUACAGUUAGCCCACAUGAAAAAUACUACAGUAUACUAUAGAGUACUAACUACUGUGGAAGACCAGAGGGUUUGACCAAGACAUUUCCACAGAUCAGAGACAGAUCAGUAUUCACUGUGGUACUUUUGCUGAGGUUCUGCGACAACAACAAAAAUAUGCUAAAACACUACAGUGACUACUUAUACCAUAGUAUACUAUAGUAUUUUUUUCAUGUGGGAGGCUGUAUCAGAAACACGCUGAUAGAUGCUUCAAAGCAACAAAAUACUCAUCUGAGAAGAACUUCCAGAACCACUUGAAUGUUAAUUUAAAGCAACUGCAGGAAGAGAGGUUACAUAUAUUUUUGUCAGGUUUAAUGAACUGACCCCAGUGCGGUGCUAUAGGGCAAUCAGCUAAAAUCAAUCAGCUGAAUUGUAUCAGUGAUCAAUCAGUGAUCAGACUGUAGAGAAUAUAUUGAUCAUUUAGAGUGGGAUGGUGCUUGAUAAGAGGAGGAGAAAGAGGCGAGAGAGAUGGCAAGAAAGGGAACGGAGGGAGAUAGGGAUAGAGAAAAAGGUUGACAUACAGAGAUAAAAGUUGAGAGAGAGAUAGAGGGUAAUGGAAAGAGAGCAAGUGGUAGAGAUGAAGAGAGAGAGUGAAAUAGAAAAUGGGAUAUUGAAAGCGUAAGGGAAGAAGAGGGGAAAAGAGACAGGAAGGUUAUGAAAGCAAGCUCUCAGGGAGGCCCUCCUCCCUUCUCGUUCCAUUCUCUCCUCUUUUCCCUCUCUUCCACUUGCACGUGGAUCAGGGAAUGCUGUUGUUUCAUGUUGAGGUGACCUAUUUUGGAAUUCGUGAGAGAGCGCACAUAUCAGAUGAGACUGCAGUCAAAGCUAUAGAUGGUCGAGAUAAACAAACACAGACUAUGAUAUCUCCCCUCGGAUGUGUGUGUGUGUGUGUGUGUGUGUGUGUGUGUGUGUGUGUGUGUGUGUUUGCGUGCGUGCAUGCAUAGGUGGUAUAUUUUUGUAGGAAUAUUAAGGUGGCAGUGUCUCAAGGGGGGCAGUGGUCUCCUCUUCUCUCCUUUCACAGAACACAGCAUUUAAGGAAGUACAUUUAACUCUGAAUGACCAGUGUAUUGUACUCCAAACUGUUACGUUUAGGAUAUACCAUAGUGUUACAGUUUGACAUGAUAGAAAGUAAUAUAAAUAGCUUCGAACAUGUAUUUGCUGUUAUGUCUCUGUACAUGCAUUACCUUCUUGUUCCUCUCUCUCUCUCUCUGUGUUUCCAGACUCCAGGUCAGGAGGUGUAGUGGAGAUGCAGCCCAAGAAGUAGGGAGAUUCUGGGGAUGAGAAGUCCCUGUUCUCUCCCUGUCUUCCCCAGAGAACCAGGAGAACACUGGGACUCUCAAACAGAGUGUGUGUUCAGUGUAUGUCCGGCCUUGUCCAGGUACCAUGGCUCUGGUUCAGACCCUGCCUGUGUCCACAACUGACCACCCCAAGCCUCCUACCAGCCUCGACAUCAUCUCCCUCUCCCCUGUGGUUGGAGGGCCUUGUGGCCCCGGAGCCACCAUGGGCUCCGUCAGCAGCCUCAUCUCUGGCCGGACCUAUCAGGAGCAGCGACACUGCCGGGCCGCCAGCGAGUUCAGCACUAAGACACGCCAUAACACCCCAACCACCAGCUGUUUCAGGCUCCAGGGUGAUAGCAACACCCUGCACAGCGCGAGCUCCCUGGAACAACUACUGGUCAUCAACAACCAGACCCAGAUCACACAGCUCCAGCCCCCGCCACUGCCCACCAAGAAGCAGCCCCGGGCAGGUAACUCUGCUGGUGGGGCAGGGUGUGCGGCUGGAGGUGGUGGUGGUGCAGGGAAUGGAAACUAUGGGUUUGUGACUGAGGUGGUGACUGUAGGAGACUGGAAUGAUAACCAUGUGGUGGCGGUCGGGAGUCCGUGUAGCGACUCGGAGGAGCAGAGGGAUAACCGAGGUCUCAACGGGAAUAUUGGCGGUCCGCCGCCCAAACUCAUCCCUGUGUCGGGAAAACUGGAGAAGAACAUGGAGAAGUUUCUGAUCCGUCCCACUGCGUUCAAACCAGUGGUCCCCAAGAACCGUCACUCGGUGCAGUACCUCUCCCCGAGGCCAGGGGGCAGCCUCUCUGAGAGCCAGGGCAGCCUCAACCUCCUCCUGCCCCUACCUAUCAAUGGGAAUAACGGAAAUACUGUGGUCAACAGCCCGGGGAGCUACGGAAAUGUCGUAUCUCUGCUCUGCUCCUCCUCUUCCUCGGACAGCAAAAGGAACUCGUACAGCGGAGGACGCAACGCUCGCAGCAGCCAGUCCUGCUCCAUGUCAGACUCUGGCCGUAACUCCCUGUCCAGCCUCCCCACUCACAGCAGUACCGGCUACAGCUUGGCCCACAGCGAGGCCUCUGGGUCUGGAGGGUCCGGGGUGGGCCUGGAGCCUGGGGCUGGAAGAACUACUACUACCAACGGAGGAGGGUCGGUGACCCACGGAGUUCACAGUCACUCAACCUCCCACGGUCACUCUAACUCGGACAGCGGGCGUUCGUCAUCCAGUAAGAGCAUGGGGUCGGGGUCGCUGAGCGGGCGCGGCCAGCCCCUGUCGGACAGUGGGUCGUGUGGGCACUCACCCCCGCCUCUGGAGGGGUACGAGGGGGUGAUGAGGGAGCUGGAGGAGAAGCUGAGGGAGAGGGAUUUGGAACUGCAGCAGCUCAGAGAGAACCUGGACGAGAACGAAGCCGCCAUCUGUCAGGUGUACGAGGAAAAGCAGCGUCGCUGUGAGAGGGAACUGGAGGAAAUGAGACAGAGCUGCUCUUCCAAGAUGAAACAGGCUACACAGAAGGCCCAGAGAGUACAACAGGCCUUACAACUACAGGUGUUCCAGCUGCAGCAGGAGAAAAAGAAACUCCAGGAGGACUUCUCCUCUCUGCUACAGGACAGGGAGGUGCUGGAGAGGAGGUGUGCCUCCAUACAGAGAGAACAGGUCCAGUUGGGACCGCGCCUAGAGGAGACGAAGUGGGAGGUGUGUCAGAAGUCAGGUGAGAUAUCCCUGUUGAAACAGCAACUGAAGGAGAUCCAGUCAGAGCUGACCCAGAAGGGUGGGGAGCUGGUGGUCCUGAAGUCCCAGCUGAGGGAGGCCAGGACCGACCUCCAAAACAGCCAGGCCAGGAGCCAGGAGGCUGGUUCGGCCCUGCGGACACGCUCUCUGGAGCUAGAGGUCUGCGAGAAUGAGCUCCAGCGCAGGAAGAGCGAGGCUGAGCUUCUCCGCGAGAAAGUCAUACGCUUGGAAGAAGAGUCGGUCCAGCUUCGAGGUGCCCUGGCCAAUCAGGGAGGAGGCCAGACGCCGGCUAAUAAGGGCCAGUGCAUGAGCCUGCCCCUCCCACAGGGCCGUGUGGGUGUGGAGAGUGGAAAGGGGGGCCCCAGCCCCUCUAUGGGGUACCGUGAGGCAGAGGAGGGCAGGCUGGUAUGGGGAGGGGAGAGUGAUGAGGCCAAGACUCAGAGGCAGAGUGCGGAAGCUGUGCUUGGACUCAGGCAACAGGUGGAGAGGCUGAGGGCAGAGCUGAUGUACGAGAGGAGGAGCAGUGAGGAGCAGCUGGGAGGAUUCGAGGAGGAGAGAAGGGUCUGGCAGGAGGAGAAGGAAAAGGUGAUCCGCUACCAGAAGCAGCUGCAGCAGAACUACAUCCAGAUGUACAGGAGGAACAGAGAUCUGGAGAGGGUGAUGAGAGAGCUCAGUCUAGAGCUGGAGAACAGAGACAUAGAGGACUACGACAUCCACAGCGGCAGCAACGACAUCCACUUUGAGGAGAUGACCGCUACUGAGAUCUAGAGGAGACAACAACAGGGGUGUCCUCUCGCCCCAUUGAGAUUUAGAGACCAGUCAGAGACGUUGUCUAACCCCAGUGAUAUCAAAAUCAAAUCAAAUUGUAUUGGUCACAUACAUAUGUUUAGCAGAUGUUCAAUGCUUGUGUUUCUAGCUCCAACAGUAGCAUCUCCUGAUAUUUAGAGACAAGGGUGUCCUCUCGCCCCCAUGACUAUUAGUACCAGCACCCUGAAAUGAUCUGAUUUCCCAAUCACUGCUACUGAGAGGACUGCGUCCAAAACGGAACCCUAUUUCCUAUGUAGUGCACUACCUUUGGCUAGAGAACAGGGUGCCAUUUGAAAUGUGCAUCUAGGAUUCCGAGGGUAUAUCUGAACUUAUUACCCUAACCACAGUACAAGCACUCUUUACUUCCCUAUGGACCGUUUGCUGUCAUGGACAUUAAGGGAGCAUCUCUGUCUAAUUUAAGGGUGGAUCUGCUCCACUAGACAUUGGGAGGCACCCUCCUCCUGGACCACACAGGAACAGCUGACUACCUGCAGUCAGAAAAGACUCCAUCACAUCUUUAUUCAGACUUAAAAGAGAGGUUAGUGUGUAUCUCAAUAGUUGAGAGUGUCUUCCUCUCCAGAGUAAGAUUCACCCUCAGACCAACAUAUGCUCCUUGACUCCUCACAUGGGUUUGAUUGCCCAGCUAUGGUACCAGCACUCUUUGGGACGUAUAUUAUGACUUUUGACUUGAGAAACAAGCAGGUACCACUCAAACCUCGCUCAAAUCAGUGUAUUGAAAGCAAAGGGGAGAAUCGUGUCGAGUAUAAUCACAUCUGUAUGGAGCGCACAGGUGUGACUACCUGACCACCAGCACAUAAUGAUGACAUUACUAUAACGAUGACAUCAUCACCACUCGACUGUGUUUUCGUUCGUCCACAGGACUUUGUGCACCUUUGCACUAAAGCAAUGAUGUAAUAACACUUUCACAAUUUGUGCUGUCAAUGUUAUAUAUACAGUGUUCAGUGGAUCAGCAACUCAUCUAGAAGUAGUAAAAGGAAAGGAGCAAGAAAUAAUCCACUGGCCAGGAAAUAUGGAUUUAUAUUCGGUGGAAUUGUAGUAGUAGUAUUUUGAUGGGAUGUAUAAGGACUGUUGGCACAAAUAGCAAAUGCAACUGUUCAGUUUUCAGCACUGGCUAAGAAAGGAACUGUAGUCUACAUUCUUCCUUGUUCAUGGAAUCUUCAAACAUCCUGGAUUUCUAUCAUUGGCUGCUUGCAGCUAACAUGUCAACAUUCUCUUCUGUCAUUGGCUGAACCAUAUCUGUCAGUUGAUAUUGACUCUCAGCUCCCCAUAUCAGACUGAGAGAUGUGGUGAGAAGGAAGAGAAAACCAAAAGAAGACAUCAAAGGCUUAAUGUGAGUGCUGUGUUGUGCUCCUCCUCUCUCUAAGCCAAUAGUCACCCUAUUGUAUCUUCUCUACAACCUCUCUCAUGGGAAUGACACAAAUAGAAGCAAGUAGCACUAUGAGGGAGUGAUUAGCAUGGGAGAUAUCAGCACAAAUGCAACCGCUGCCCUUCUCUCUCUCUCAGCACAAACAUAUCAGAGGAAGAAACACACCUUAAUUGGUCAACUCAAGCUGCCCGUCAAAGAUAUCGAUGCUGCAUUGGCUGCUGGGACUGUUAUGGAGCCGUAUUGGAUCAGUGAGCAUAUGGUGUCACUUUUCCUUAUGGUAUCGCAGUGAAACCAACAAAACAUCCCUGUUCAACUGUACUGAGCUCCCCCCUCCCUUGGCCUCUCUCACUGUCGCACACGCUGGACUGUGAAUACUCUUCUAACGUUUUACUUUUUAUUACUAGACCCCCCUUUCCCUCCCUCUCAUCAAAAAGCCAAGUAACACUUCCUAGACUUCCUGUCCCUUCUGGCCAGUGACUGUGAGGCUCACUCACUGACACCUAGAUAAUGUGGAUGGCAAAAUUGCAUGUCUUUCCCUUGUCUGUCAAAGUCUGGGAGAGGACAGUCCAGGUAAUGUAGGGCAGGGUUCCCCAACUGGCAGUGAUUUUAUUUGGCCUCCCAAGUUUUCUGAGCAAAAAAACAUAUAUAUAUAGAUAUAUAUAUAUAUAUCAUUCUAUAUUUUUUAAACGUUGUUGGAUAUAAACGACUAAAAACACCAGCAAAUCAGCUCCAGGUGAUUUUAAUUUUAGAAAUCUGUUCCAAAGUAUUCCAACGCAUAAUAGUGAAAUAGAUACAUGUGAUCGUAUACAAAUGUAAACAAGGUUUGAAAUAAUUGUUUUAGUCAAAUAUAUCUGUUUGGGCAUUUUGCAUUCAAUAUGCGGUCUACAAAUUAUUUGUAAUUAUGUACCAGUCCGCUGACCAUCCGCUCAAGAAAAUGUCAGCCUGCGGCUAAAUCUAGUUGAUGAUCCCUGGUGUAGGGGUUUGUGCUGGACAGUGCAUGAUAUUUUAGCCUAAGGCAUGACAAACAUGUCAUUAGGGAACUGUUACAGUGGUUAUAUCAACAUUUUGGUAACCACUGCCAUAGAAAUAUCAUUCAUAGAAUAUAAUUAUAUUUCUAUGUGGGGAGCCAUAGAUAAAUAUUGGAGUCUUCCGUUGUGCUUCCUCAUAAGAAGGGAUUAAACUAGAGCUCUGGUCUUUUAUAUUACAGAGGUAAACAGAGUUUAUAAAAAUGAAUCUAACAGAUAAAUGGAAAUCAAUAUGAUCAAUGAUGAUGAUGUAUAUAUAUUUUUUUUAUAGCACCUGAAGAUAUUUUGUGGUAACACCAGUACCAUUGUGGGUUUAAUGUACAAAAUAUAAUAAAGCGUUCUAUAUAUCUUUCCAGUACCACACAUAUACCAAUGAGAUGAUUAAACACAAUUGGAAAGGGUCUGGGAAGAGUGGCGCGAACAUUGAAACUCUUUGUUGUUGACCAAGCUGCAUGAUGAUUUAACAAACAUACAAAGAUAUGGGAAAUAUCCAGCUUUUAGCCAAGGUUUACAUUGGUCAGCACAUCAAUGGUCAUCCUUGUUCAAUGCCAAUGAGUUUUCAUUAUCAUCUAUAUCACCCAAUAUCAUCGUCAUCGUUGUGUUUGUCAUCUACAGAGUACACUUAUUAACAAAACAAAGCAUUGCAUCCAAAUAAUAUCGCAACUAAAAAUGUGUUCAUCACAUAUGGUACAAACAUUCAUCUUCAAUUUAGUCGUAUAGGUCUACAAAGUUACCAUUUUACAACGUUCAAGAUGUAUCUUUAAGAGAGGAAUAGAACAUAUUAUGUUCCAGUGUGGAUGUACCAUCAUCUGUAACACAGUCAGGUCGAAAAAGCAUUUUCAGGUGUCAUUUUUUUAAUUUAACCUUUAUUUUACUAGGCAAACCAGCUAAGAACAAAUUAUUAUUUACAAUGACAGUCUACCACAGCCAAACCCUAACCCAGAUGACGUUGGGCCAAUGGGACUCCCAAUCACAGCUAGCUGUGAUAUAGCUCAGAAUCGAACCAGGGUCUGUAGUGACACCUCUAGCACUGAGAUGCAGUGCCUUAGACCGCUGUAAUGACUAACACAGUAGCAAAGGUGGAAUGGUUAACACAGUAGCACAGGUGUAAUGGUUAACACAGUAGCACAGGUGUAAUGGUUAACACCGUAGCACAGGUGUAGUGGUUAACACAGUACAGUAGCACAGGUAAAGUGAACUGAAAGGGACCCCAGUGUUAAUUUUAGCACUCUGUAACAGAUUUAGUCAUUUUGACUUAAAUAUCAUUAAGUCUGAUUCACAUUUGAAUAAUGAUUUAGUGUAGUUAUUGUCAAAAUGACAAAAACAGUGGUCCAUUUUUGUCAACUAAAUCCAUUUUUGUCAACUUUAAUUUUAGUCAUUUUUAUUACCUCAUUAAUUUAUAGUAAGCAUUAAUCACUGACUUCCAUGUGCACAAACAUACAUACGGUAGUAGCCUUGUUCUACUAACAUAUUUUUCUGCAUAAAAUGGAUUCUUCAUCACAUUAAAUGAUUUUGUUGAAAUGACGUGGAAACAAUGUUGAUUCAAACAGUUUUUGCCCAGUGGGUAAUGAUUUCGAACAGGAGGGAGCUAAUGACUGUUUUGCCCAGUGAUGUAGUUGAUUAAUUAAACCUCGAAACGUAAUCAAGUCCCAACUAAGUCCCCUGUGCUCGAGUCCAAGUCAGAGUCACCAAUGGUCGAGUCACGAGUCCUGGUCCAAGUGCUUAAGUCUGAGUCACCAAUGGUCGAGUCACGAGUCCUGGUCCAAGUGCUCAAGUCUGAGUCACUGGCUCCACUCAAAAUAAAGCCAUUUACUCAGUCAGAGGUAGUGUGGUGUCAAGAUGAAUGUAUUCAAUCAAUUGUUUGCUAUUCCUUUUCCUUUCUAUCUAUGCCACCAAAUGUUUGCAUAGGCUACUGGUAAUGUUACCAGGGCCACGUUCAGUUGCAAAACGUUGUUGAACGUUGCAGAUAGAAAUGCCAUGAAUAGAGCCAACGUUAUUCCUUAUUCAACAUGUCAGAUAGAAAUGUGCUAUGUAGAACAAACAUGCCUAUCAGAGCGUUCCCUCCUGCUGAACACGGCCCAGGUUGUUAGCUAUAACUAGCUAAUGAGGUAACAUGACUGAACAAAGUGUAGUCUAAAUAGAUGGUUACUUGUCCGGUCCUAGUUUUAGAACAGAUAUGCUCUAUGAAUGUUAAAUGCUCCCCGCCAAUGCAUGAUAGAAAGAAAAAACGUAGCGUCGGUAUUAUGGUUCAGACCUUUAGAGCGGUAAUCUCAAGACGUUUUCUUAAACCGUGUCUUUUUCCUGCAGUCUGAACAGGUAAAAACCACAAUGGAAUCUGAUCAUUCAAGCCACAUUUCAAACCACCUUCGUAGAUGGCUUGAAGUCAGCUACAAAUCUGAUUCCUGGUCAAGUGACUUGUGUCUGAACGGGAAAAUCAGAUUUAUUUGCCCUCAAGUGGUUUUGAAAGUUGGAUAAUAUUUCCUUUGAGGCUAUAAAGUGUUCCUAUUUUGAACAUUCAAAGCAACUGGGAAACAUUCUACAUAACCUCUGAGUGAUGAGGAAUCAUGAACACCACCACAGAUCACUUCUAAAAACUCUUGUUCAGUCCACUUAGUAGUCAGACUUGAGAUAAUUUAGUCUCGUCUUGUUUUUAGGCAACUGAAAUAUUUUUUGUUUGUUUAGUUAUAGUUUUUUUCUGGUCUAUUUAGUCAGUUAUAGUCUAAUCAACUGCCACUAAAAAGUAGGUGUUUGACAAAUAUUUGAGUCCUUAUUUUUGUUGACUAAAGUAACUGUGACGAACCCUCGGUGAAAGCACAGUGCACUCUGGAUACCCUUUUCCACAUUUCUCAUUUUUCUUCAUAACCCCAUAAUAACAAUUUUCUGUGUAAAUACAGUCAGUAUCUAACUGAAAAUGGCAUACAGGUAACUGCCAAAAUAAAGGAAACUCUUGUGUAAAUGAGGGAUACAAAGUAUAUUGAAAGUAGGUGCUUCCACACAGGUGUGGGUCUUGAGUUAAUUAAGCAAUUAACAUCCCAUCAUGCUUAGAGUCAUGUAUAAAAAUGCUGGGUAGUCCAUUAUUUUGGCUACCAUGGCUAUGCUCCCCCCAUAGGAUUACAAGGCCCUGGCCACAGGGCACAAGUGAUCACUGAAUGGUUUGAUGAGCAUGAAAACCAGAUCUCAACCCAAUUUAACACUUAUGGUAGAUUGUGGAGCGGUGCCUGAGACAGCAUUUUCCACGACCAACAAAACAACAGCGUUUUCCCUCCAAUAGAGUUCCAGACACUUGUAGAAUCUAUGCCAAUGUGCAUUGAAGCUGUUCUGGCUCGUGGAGGCACAACGCCCUAUUAAGACUUUGUUGGUGUUUCCUUAAUUUUGCCAGUUACUUCUACAUUGAGUGACAUUCUA